AUGGGACCGAGGAAUGGGACCAGCGUCUCCGAGUUCGUCCUGCUGGGCCUCACCUCCCACCUGGCCACGCGUCGUCUGCUCUUCCCCCUCUUCCUGGGCACCUACCUGGCCACCCUCCUCGGCAACCUGCUGGUGGCCCUGCUGAUCCGCCGGGACCCCCGCCUGCACCGGGCCCCCAUGUACUUCUUCCUGGCCCACCUCUCGCUGGCCGACGUGGGCUUCACCUCGGCCACGGCCCCCACGGCGCUGGGGACCCUGGCGUCCGGGAGCCGGGCAGUGCCUUACGCCGCCUGCCUGGCCCAGAACUACACCUUCAUCGCCUUCGGAGUGCUGGAGAACUUCCUACUGGCCGUCAUGGCCUACGACCGCUACCUGGCCAUCUGCCGCCCGCUGCACUACACCGCCGUGAUGAGCCCCGGGCGCCGCUGGGGGCUGGUGGGCGCCUCCUGGGGGCUGGCCCAGCUCCACGCCCUGCUCCACACUCUGCUCCUCGCCCGCCUGCCCUUCGCCGCCCGCCCCCGCCUCCGCCACUUCUUCUGCGACCUGCGCCAGCUCCUGGCCCUGGCCGGCGGGGACACCUGGCCCAACCACGCCGCUGUCCUGGCCGAGGGCAGCCUGGCCGUGCUGGGGCCGCUGCUCCUGGUGGCCGGCUCCUACGGGCGCGUCGUGGCCACCCUGGCCCGGCUGCCCGCCGCCCGGGGCUGGCGCCGGGCCCUCUCCACCUGCGGGGCCCACCUGGCCACGGUGGCCCUGUUCUACGACCUUUUCCUCCGGCCAGCCAGCCGCUACGCCCCCUGGCGGGACAUGGCGGCCACCCUGCUCUACUCCACCGUCACGCCCCUCCUCAACCCCUUCAUCUACAGCCUCCGCAACCAGGAGAUGAGGGGGGCUCUCUGGCGGGCACUGGGGAGGGGGCCGGCACCCCUGGGAGCCUAG